UCUGUCUGCAGUCGUCACAAAAAAAGCUGUUGUCUCCAAACACAUCGUCUCUGCGUCUUUGAUAGGUAGUUGAUAACAGACUUACAGACUGAUGGGGCUGGCUGAUCUUUCUGCGAAUAUAAAAAAGCAGCAGCAGCAGCUACAAAGCCAUUCAAGGACAGAAGACACUUCUGACAACAAGCAACCUCAGUAAAAGCUCAUCUAUCUACCCUGUGGACUCUCUGGAUUUUGUGAACCCUUCAGUAUGGCUGUGUUCUUUACCGUGGCUCUUCUGGCUAUGGCAUGUCCUUUAAUGGCAUUUGACAUGGGUCAGUCCACUCGUUGCGUCGCUAUCCCCAACCAGAUGAAAGUCUGCAAGGAUGUUGGAUACUCUGAGAUGCGGCUGCCUAACUUCUUGGGUCACAGCAACCUGGAAGGUGAGGUGGUGCCACGUUCAGAGGACUGGAGGCCCAUGCUGCAGACAGGCUGCCACCCUCAAGCCCAAGCCUUCCUCUGCUCCCUCAUUGCCCCCGUCUGUCUUGACACUUUUAUUCAGCCAUGCCGUAGUCUGUGUGUGGCAGUGAGGGACAGCUGUGCUCCUGUGCUCGCCUGCCAGGGUCACCCAUGGCCCGAGGAACUUGAUUGCGACCGCUUUCCUACCGAGGAAGACAUGUGCCUUACUCCUCACGCAAAAUUUGGCCACAUUGCAAAAGAUUUACCCAAGCCUGCCUGCCAAAACUGUCCAUCUGUGGAUUUAGCUCCUGCCAUGAAAACAGUCCUGGAUGCUUUUUGCCAGCAUGACUUUGCUGUGACUGCCAAACUUCACCGACGUCGCCUACCCAUGGGAGAGCCAGAGUUUGAUGUGGAGGGCCGUGUUGAGUUUAUUCGCCAGGGACCUCUCCUGCCCUAUGACACACAACACCUACUCCAGCAGUGGCUCCUCAUCAACCUUCAGUGUGCCAAUGCGCUUUUGCGCCCCGGACGGUCACAGCUUUAUGUGCUGACUGGUUCCGUGCAGCGUGAUGGCACCCUUGCUCUUACCCGUCUCUUCCCUUGGCACAAAAAAGACACAAGCAUUGCAGUGGCCACUCGCAAGUGGAAGCACUACAGAUGUUGAAUGGAUUGAUACUUAGAUGUAAAAACUGGGGCUCUGAAUCUGUGUUUGAAGUGUAGACUCACAUAUGAACAAUUUGUUUUUAUUUUAUUUAUUUACUUUACCUUUAUUUUACCAGGAGUAUUCCCAUUGAGAUUCCGAAUCUCUUUCACAAGGGACUUCUGGUUAAGACAGCAGUAUAAGAAAAUUCACAUAAAACAAGCAUCAGACUUAUAUGAUUCCACACCUAAAACACAUUAUGAUUUAAGACCAAAUCAAGGAGGACUUAUGACAUCCAGUGAGAAUUUGUGAAGUGAGCUGAAGGGAUUUAAGAACAGAGCUGGACAUCAACACCGUUGCCUCCCUCAGCAGGUCACUUUCUCACCACUGCUUUGACAGCACACAG